AUCACUCCCGAGCUUCAUCUGAUUACGCCAUAUGUUCCCUAUAUAAUUUCUUUCAUUCAACACGUUGGCCUCGACAGCAUUUCAACUGAAGACCUAAUUUCCUCCUGCUGCGGUCUUAUAGGUGACCUCAUCACGAGUUUCGGAGCAAGUUUGCUAGAAUUAGUCGAGACAGAGGCGAUUAGCAAUGUGCUAACGAAAGGUAGACGCUGUAAAAUGUCAAAACGCAAGAGCCUUGCUAUCUGGGCCACUCGUGAAAUUAAGAAGUUGAAAAAUUCCAUCCAGUCUGCGGGCGAACAACAAGCUGCUGCCGCAGUUGCUAGGGCUCAUACAUCCGAAUCAUUGGCUGCGGAACAAGUUGUGGGCGCCAGCGCAGGGCUAAAUAAUAAGUAA